AUGGGGCAGUGUUUCAGCGGCGAGAAUACGGAGGAUGCGGAACAGAAGAAACGGAGUCAGAUGAUCGAUCGAAAGCUCGAGGAGGAUUCAAGGCGGUUACGCAGGGAAUGCAAGAUUCUCCUACUAGGGUCUGGUGAAAGUGGAAAGUCGACGAUCGUUAAACAGAUGAAGAUUAUCCAUCAAAAUGGAUACUCGGUUGAAGAGCUGGCCUUAUAUCGCUUAACCGUUUUCAAGAACCUCAUCGAUUGCGCCAAGGCGCUCAUUGAGGGCUAUCGCCUUUUCAAUUUGGAGCCUUCCAGCCAGAAAGUGAAGGAUUACCUCACUUACCUGGACGAGUAUCAUGUCGACCCCGACCCCAAUACACCGUUAGAUGCGAAGGUGGGCGAUGCGGUGACGUAUUUAUGGAACGACCCUUGCACCUCUACAGUCUUGGAGCGUCAAAAUGAGUUCUACUUAAUGGACUCGGCCCCAUACUUUUUCGACGAAGCCAAGCGAAUAACAUCCUCAGACUACACCCCCAAUGUUUCAGAUGUGCUUAGAGCCAGAACCAAGACCACUGGUAUUUAUGAAACACGCUUCACAAUGGGGCAAUUAAGUAUACACAUGUUCGAUGUCGGCGGCCAAAGGAGUGAGCGGAAGAAAUGGAUCCAUUGCUUCGAGAACGUAACAUCGAUUAUUUUCUGCGUUGCUUUGAGUGAAUACGACCAAAAUUUGCUGGAAGAAAGCAAUCAGAAUCGGAUGAUGGAGAGCUUGGUUCUCUUUGACUCGGUAGUCAACUCCCGAUGGUUCAUGCGAACAAGUAUCAUCCUCUUCCUCAAUAAAGUCGAUCUCUUCCGGCAAAAACUUCCUCGCUCGCCAUUGAACAAUUACUUCCCAGAUUACUCUGGUGGCAAUGAUGUCAAUCGUGCCGCCAAGUAUCUUCUUUGGCGAUUCAAUCAAGUGAAUCGAGCACACCUCAAUCUCUAUCCUCAUCUGACCCAAGCAACCGACACCACAAAUAUCCGACUUGUCUUUGCAGCGGUUAAAGAAACGAUUCUGCAGAAUGCCUUGAAGGAUUCUGGUAUCCUAUAA